AUGCACCUGUGCGGGUGUCCCCGUCCACCAUCCCGCACCCCCAACACUCUUCAGUGAAGUAUUUACUCUACGACAACAGCUGGGUCAAUUGACGACGCGGGCCAAUCGGAUCCGGGGCUGUUAUCGUUGGCAGGAAGAAAAAAAAAAAACCCUGACAGUCGCCAUGAUACAGCAGCAGCAGCGGAAGCGAGUGAAGUAGCUAGAAAACAAAAGAGAACACGCAGUCGUCCUCGCUAUCUGGUAUGCUCUUGCAGUACAGGAAUGCCCAAGGAAAAAUAUGACCCGCCAGACCCUAGGCGGAUGUAUACAAUUAUGUCGACCGAGGAGGCAGCCAACGGGAAGAAGUCAUACUGGGGUGAACUUGAAAUCAGUGGUCGAGUACGAAGCCUCAGUACAGCCCUGUGGUCUCUGACCCACCUCACUGCCCUGCACCUCAGUGACAACUCCUUGUCACGUAUCCCGCCAGACAUUGCCAAACUACACAACCUGGUUUACCUGGAUCUGUCGUCCAACAAAAUCAGGAGCCUGCCGACAGAGCUCGGAAACAUGGUGUCGCUCAGGGAACUUCUUUUAAAUAACAACCAGUUGCGGGUCCUGCCUUUUGAAUUGGGGAAACUGUUCCAGUUACAAACGUUAGGGUUGAAGGGAAACCCACUAGCACAAGAGAUCAUGAGCCUCUACCAGGAACCGGAUGGCACCCGCAGACUGCUGAACUACCUGUUGGACAACCUGGCAGGAGCCAUUAAGAGACAACCAACGGAGCAGCCUCCCGCAAGGCAAUGGAUCGCCCUGAACGAGCCGGACCGGACACGAGCCUCAGCGUUGUUCUCGGUGAUGUGCUACAACGUGCUCUGUGACAAGUACGCCACGCGGCAGCUGUACGGCUACUGUCCCUCCUGGGCCCUGAACUGGGAGUACAGGAAGAAGUCCAUCAUGCAGGAGAUCCUGACGUGCAACGCAGACAUCAUCAGCCUGCAGGAAGUGGAGACGGAGCAGUACUACAGCUUCUUCCUGCCGGAGCUGAAGGAGCAGGGCUACGAGGGGUUCUUCAGCCCCAAGUCGCGGGCCAGGACCAUGUCCGAGUCGGACCGCAAACACGUCGACGGAUGUGCGGUCUUCUACAAGACAGAGAAGUUCAGCGUGGUGCAGAAGCACACGGUGGAGUUCAACCAGCUGGCCAUGGCCAACUCGGAGGGCUCGGAGGCCAUGCUGAACCGGGUCAUGACCAAGGACAACAUCGGAGUGGCCGUCCUGCUGGAGGUCCGCAAGGAGAUGAUGGAGCAGUCCUCUGGAAAGGCGCUCCACGGCAUGGAGAAGCAGCUGCUGCUGGUGGCCAAUGCCCACAUGCACUGGGACCCCGAGUUCUCCGACGUCAAGCUGGUGCAGACCAUGAUGUUCCUGUCGGAGGUGAAGAACAUCGUGGACAAGGCCACGCGCAGCCUCAAGCUCUCCUCGGUGUCGGGCGAGACCAACGCCAUCCCACUGGUGCUGUGCGCUGACCUCAACUCCCUGCCCGACUCCGGUGUGGUGGAGUACCUCAGCACCGGCGGCGUGGACUGCACCCACAAGGACUUCAAGGAGCUGCGCUACAGCGACAGCCUGACCAACUUCAACUGCAACGGCAAGAACCCCACGUCCAACGGCCGCAUCACGCACGGCUUCAAGCUGAAGAGCACCUACGAGGAGGGCCUGAUGCCCUACACCAACUACACCUACGACUUCAAGGGUGUCAUCGACUACAUCUUCUACUCCCGGCCCAGCCUCAACGUGCUGGGCGUCCUGGGGCCCCUGGACCCCCACUGGCUGGAGAACAAUAUCAGCGGCUGUCCGCACCCCCACAUUCCCUCCGACCACUUCUCCCUGUUCGCCCACCUGGAGCUCCUGCUGCCCAACCUGCCCCCCCAGGUCAACGGUCUGCACCUGGGCGCCCGCAGGUAGUGAGUCCCCCCCCACCAGCUCUGGUCCCCCUACUGCAGGAGGAGGAGGGUGCUGUGAGAUGGACCGCGGGGGCGGGCCCACAGGGAUUUCCUAUGAUGUAAUAGAUAUUCUAUAUUUUCCUUUUUUCCUUUUAUUUUUUAUUUGUGGAACUGCUCGAGUCAAUCCUGUGUUCUGUGUUCUCUUGUUUCGGACUCCUCUGCUCCACUGCUCCCCCCCCCCCCCCCCCCCCCAGCUUGCUUUACCCCAGCGCGGGGGGCGCUCAGAGGGCCAGCGGGGGAUGUUGGGUCAGGGGGGGGCGGGGGGGCGGGGCAUUCACGCUUUAGUUUUUAAUUCAGACUCGACUGUGGCGGCGCAGGGCUAGGGGUCCGUCUGUCUGUCUGUCCCUGUACAAACCUGACACCAGCAAAGACGGCAGACGCGUCCGUACGUCGGACGUCCUGACAUGAGCUGCUGCUCGCCCUCUCCCCGGCCGCCCCCCGCUCUGCUCCAGGAGUCCUUUAAGACGUGGGUGGGGGUGGGGUCAGGGGUCGGAGGGUGGGGCUGCCGGUUGUGUUGAGUGGCGAUUGGACGAGGUGCGGUCCUUGAAGCAAUCGAGAUAUCCCCCCCCUCCCCCCGUGGUGCUGAGGUCUUCUGUGGGCACGGACUGCCAUGGUGCUAACAGUCAGGCUCCGCCUCUAGCCGGCAGCCCCCCCCACCGUCGCCUAGACAACCAGGCAGCUCCCCCUGUGUCGGGCCAGCAGGCAGCUGGCGGCGGGCCGAGCGCAGACCUCCACCUCACAGCACAGCGUGGCGUGGCCCCCCAAGGCUGCUAGGGACCCUUUAAUAUCACCGAGCUCAUGGGACCCCCCUGUAGCCGCGGGGCGGGGGCUGACACUUUCAGUAUUCACCUGCCCCCCCAGAGCGGGGAGUCUCGCUGAACAGGAGGCAGACUAGCGUCUCUGGUGUCUGGACUCACCGUCUGGGUCCAGGCUCAGACUGCCCCCCACCCGUACACACACAUGUCAUUUGCAGGCAGAUCUGUAGCACUGUCUCCAAGGCCAGUACCGCCCAGCCAUGCACGCACUCUGCAGUGUUUGUACAGAAUAGAACUCUAGAUUCAGUCUUUACAUGAUUGUAUAUGAACCACAAAAGACCUGUUUUUUUGGCGUUUUUUUGUACGAAGAAUAAAUUAUGAUCCAGAUUUGAGAAAAAAAGAUUGUAUUGUAAACUAUGGCUAAAUUUUUAUCCAGUUAAGAUGAAUUGAUCUUACCAGCUUGUACAAAAGACUUAAGAGGAGGUUGUUCACGGCAUUCACCUGUCCCCACUUUGCACCCCCCCCCCCCCGCUAUACUAACCUGAUGGCUGCUCUGGUUUUUAAGGGCGCCCCUCACCCCUUCAUUCGGACGGCAUGUAUUGCUGAGAUUGUAAAUAGACGGCGGCGUAACGGUCGCCGCGCUCCACCAGUCCAGAGGCACUGCCAGCUGGUGACCCCCCCCUUAUGGUCGCAUGGUGCAAGACCCCGCCACGCCCCAGCAGCUCCAUGACCACAGGGGGCGUACCACCGGAGCGUCGUGCCUCACUGUAGCAGUGCUCCUCGUCUUGCACUGCCCCCCUGCUGGUGAACGCCUGAACAACCUUUUCUCUUAUUUUUAAAUACUGUCGAGACAUUGUGAAGAUUAUGUGGUUGUGUUUGUUUUGUCUUUUUUAAUGAGCUGUGACAAUGCUAUGAUGUGUACCCCCCCUCCUUUAAGUUGAACUCCUUAGUAAUCAGGUAUGCUAUAUAUAUAUAUAGACCCUCCCUCAUAGUGUCCACCCGCUGUUCCUUGGCUUGGCCCCCCGGUCCCUCACCCCCCCUCUGGGACUCUGGUCCCCCCCAGCCUGGCCCAUCGGGCCCCUGGCCCGUGCGUUGCCCUGGUUCUCCAUCUGCCCCCGACCCCAGGCCCACUGUAAUUGUUUUGCCCCUGGUUCAACCACUCUGUACAGCCCCCCCCUCCCGUAUCUCAGUUCUAGUGCCAUCGCCAUAGUCCUGUUGCUCUGCUGGAGGACCCCCCAGGUCUAAGGAUGAGGCAGUCGGUGUGUCAGGUCCCCCCCCCCGUUAGGCCCGCCCCCGGGAGCUCUGUAGUCGGGUUUCUGGUCGGAACGCUGGAGCUCCGUCCACGGGGCUCCGCCCACGAGGCUCUGCCUCCGUCGUUGUUCUCAGCGUGCAGAUCCGUUGGAACCGAGCACUUGGCUUCAGAUACUGCUUUAGACCCCCCCCCCCCCUCUGUGAGUUUGGACACAUUUUAGUGAUUAUUGAUCACGCCACUUUUUUAAAAAUGUAUAUUUUGACAUCUGUCAGGGGGACAACGAGUAGAGAAGUUCAGACUUAAUUGUAAAGUUGAGUUUUCUUGUCAAUUUAGUUUGCCCCACGUUUUUAUUUUACUUGUUUUCGAUUGAAUGGUGUCCAGCCUGAUUUUAUUUUCUUUCUGAAUUGCAUUAGUAUUGUAGUAGAUUUAAAGACUAGCUUUUUGUAAAGUGUGAAUAAAAGAUGUAUCUCAUGUUUCCUUUCUAAAAGAUGUGUUGUGUAAAUCCUGAACUCUAUGGUGUUAUGGUGGCCACGUUCUGUCCCUUAAUCCUCUUGAUUUCCCCCUGGCGUUGCAAACCAAAUCCUGUGUUAACCCUGGUGGGAAAGGUCUCAUGAGAUUAGUAGUUGAGGAAUUGAACACUUCUGAAGUCUCGCGCAGAUGGAUUUGAUAAGAGGUGCCGAGUACCAUUGUUUAUUGGUAAGUGUUUUUUUUAAUCACGGGAUAUUCAAGUUUUACGUUUUGAAUUUCAGCUUUAUGUGGGAUGUUUCGUGACUCUAGCCAUGUUCUUAGGAUAGGGCAGGUGAUUUGUGGCAGUCUGGCCGGUAUGGGAAAUGUUUUUAGUUCUAGACUGGUCCUGUGAUUUUUGAGUAGCAUACUAGUCCCAUCUCACUUUGUACCGUGUGCAUCACAGUGGAUAACUGUUACGCUAGCAAGCUAUAGAUAGUUAUAGUUCUUUUGGACGUGGCCCCACGUCGUCUGGCUUGUGACGGGCGAUCAGGGUGGCGGUCCCUCGUCUUCAGUGUGUAGGAACACUGGGUUGGAUCUGCACUUUGUCACUGUGGGUCGGAGCACGCUGAAGUUGGCUCUUUUCUUUUUCGCCAGGCUGAAUCUUGUUUUAACUUGUGUUUUUCCGAUUCGAUGUUGUACACCAAAGCUGCUUGUGUUUAAGUUUUUAAGAUUUAGAGCAAGACCCCCUCCCCUAGUGUUAUUGAUGCAGGGCGGGUACCCAGGGCAGAUGCUGCCGUUCCCUUGGUAACGGUCACGCGUUGCAUCCACGUGCGGCCAUCCGUCAGUGGAGCGGUGGAUUCAGUAGUUCUCCUGAAACUUGGCAAUAAUACCGUAGACGUUUUUAUUUUUUAACCUGGAAGCCCGCGGCUUGUUGCCUGCUUCAUUUCUAUUUUGUGGAUCCGCAGCACGCCUGCGGUUGGGCCGUCCGUCCUCCGACCCCCAGUGGGAUGUCUCCUUUCGUUUCUCCUCAUUUUGUAUAUUUACUCGCCCACCCUGCCGAUCGAUAGUGAUAGUUGUUCAAUAAUCAGGAUUGUCUAUCUUUUAGUCAAAUGAGUACAUAUAUUGAUCUGUGUCACUGUGUUAAUACACUGGACCAACAAUUGUUUACCAUUCAUAAAAUACCAGCAAAAUAUUACGAAUAAUAACCUGGAGGAAAAAAAAACACACAUGCACAAUGUUGUAGAAUGUCCAUGAACCCAGAUCAGAUAACAAGGCAGCUGUUUUCAAUUCAACACACUGAUAAAAAAAAAAGCUGAGUGGUAAACAAUGCUCUUUCUGUUGUACCCCUUUGCUGUCCUCUUGAUAGUUUUCAGACUUUACUUUUCUCUCUGUUGAAUAGAGGUUCUGCUUGGUUUCUUUACACCUAUAUGUAUUUUCCUACUUCUGGUGGAAAUAAAUUCUAUAUUAUCUGUUUUAAACGUGUCACCUCUUCUUUGCAAUGGAUAUUGAAAAUAAAUUCUAUAUCUGUUUUACUUUA